AUGCGCCUGUCGCUCCUGGCACUCUUCUGCACAACGACCACCGCGCUGCGCGCGCCGUCGCACGGCACGCGACCUUUGACGGCGAUGCGCGCCGUGACGACGGAGGAGUUAGUCGAGUCCUUCGGCGCCAUGAAGGCGGCGGCGGGCGAGCUCGCGCCCUUCAGCCAGGCCGAGGUGGCCUCCGUCGUCGCGUCGCUCGCGAACGUGGGCCUCGACGCGAGCCGCGCGGACGCCGUCGGCGCCGUGCUCCGCGACCGGGCCGGGAACUCGCACAAGGACUGGGCCGCGACGGAGGCCGGCGGCGCGGCGCUCGCGGCGGCCCUGCCGGCGGCGGACUCCGACGAGUUCGCUAGAAUCUUCGAGAAGGUGCUCGGCGGCGGCGGCUGGGCCGGCGCCGUCGCCGCCGCGGAGUCGCGGCCCGAGAGCGCCAAGCCGUGGGUCGUGCUCGUCACGGGCGUCAACGGCAUCCGGAAGACGACGUCCAUCUACGAGCCCUGGUUCGGCGACGCGCUCCGCGAAGCCAUCGUCGGCCCCGGCGGCGCCCGCGCGGACGUCGCCCGGGACGACCUGCCCGUCGGGUCGACCUCGUUCUUCCGCCAGCUCGACUUCGUCAUCGCGACGGCGGCGAACGAGGACUUCCGGCGUCUUUAUGGUAUCGAGGACGUCGCGGCCUACGCCGCGGCCAAGGACGCCAUCUUCUCGCGCUACCGCACGGUCGCCGAGAUGGUCGGCGCGCUGCUCGUCGCCGAGGCGAAGACGCGCGACCUCAACGUCAUGCUCGAGACGUCCGGCCGCGACGUCGCCAUGUUCGAGUACGUCGACCACUUCUUCCCGGAUGCGCACUACCGCAAGCUCGCCCUCAACUUCGAGAUCGAGGACCUGGCCUUCGCGGAGCGGAGCGUCGAUUCUCGGAUGCUCGGCGAGAUGGCGCGGGGCAAGGCGGCGGCGGCCGCGGGCGACGCGCGCGCGGUCGUCGACGCGAACGCGGGCGGGCCCUACGGGUCCGCGGUCCUCGCGGGCGUCCAGCGCGACUCGCGCGCCUGCUGGGCCAAGGUCGCCGCCGGCGACGCGGGCGUCGGCGCGACGUGGCACAUGGCGUCCCUCGCGAUAUCGCCGUCGGACGACGCGCCCUGGACGCUGCGCGCGGCCACGGCCGGGGCGACAUCCUUCGCGUAUUCCCCGCGGUCGUAA